AUUUUCAUCUUUUUUUAUGUCAUGUCGCUUUAACGUGUUCUUUUUUCUACAAAAUAUUUUUAUUUUCAAAAACCAUGUUAACUAAUAGUUUAAAGAAAAUUAGUUAUGCAAAUUUUGUAUGCUAUUGUACUAAAGCCGAAAAAAAAUUAAGCUACAGUAAUACACUUUUUCUACCCAAAACAAAAUUCCCUUUGAGGUUAACCAAUAAGAAGUUAGUGGAAAGAGAUGAACAAAUCUAUAGUGCAGCAGAAUUUGAAAAUCUCUAUGACUGGCAACGGGGGCAUUCGUUUGAACCGGAAUUUGUUUUGCAUGAUGGACCACCAUACGCAAACGGGUUGCCUCAUAUGGGACAUGCCAUUAAUAAGAUUUUAAAAGAUACUAUUUUAAGGUAUGAAAUACUUCAAGGAAUUAAAGUUCACUAUAUUCCUGGCUGGGAUUGUCAUGGUUUACCAAUAGAAUUGAAAGCUCUCAAUAGUACUAAAGGACUAGACCCAAUAGAUAUCAGAAAUAAAGCGAGAAAGUUUGCAAAAAGAACUGUAGAAGACCAAAAACGCAUUUUUAAAUCGUGGGGUGUGUUGGGUGAUUGGAAAAACUGUUACACGACCUACUCAACUGACUAUAUCAAGACCCAAUUAAGGCUGUUUUAUAAAUUAUAUAAGAAAAACUUGAUUUACAGAGAUAUUAAACCAAUACAUUGGUCUCCAUCUUCUAGAACAGCUCUAGCAGAAGCCGAGUUGGAAUAUAAUGAAAAGCAUAAGAGUCCAAGUGCUUUUGUUAAAGUUGAAAUCAAGAAUAUACCCAAAUUGGGGCCUCUCGAAAAUAAGUGCUACGCAAUUAUAUGGACGACAACACCAUGGACCCUACCUGCGAAUCAAGGCAUCUGCUACAACGAAUCCCUAUUGUACAGCAUCGUAAAAAAUACGAAUUCGAACGACAAUUCUACGUACUUGUUAGCUACGGAUUUGUUGCCGGACAUUUCGAACACGCUACAAACUACGUUCGAAAUCGUUAAACAGUUCCCGGGAAACAAGUUAGAGGGCGCCGCUUACGUACAUCCGAUUUAUAAGGAUCGAGAUUGUUAUCAUUUUCUUAGCGCUGCUCACGUAUCGUCUUCCAAAGGUACCGGGUUGGUGCAUCUGGCCGGUGCUCACGGUCCUGACGAUUUUUUGGUGGCUUUGAAUAAUAAAUUGCCAAUUGUCGAUUUACUAGACGAUGCUGGUUGUUAUUUAUCCAAAGCCGGUCCGAAACUCGAAGGUAAAUACGUUUUGAAAGACGGCAAUAAAAUGGUGAUCGAUAUUUUAAAAGAAAAUUCGAGUUUGCUAAGUUUGGACGAAAUCGUGCACAGUUAUCCGUACGAUUGGAGAACCAAAGAACCUGUCAUAAUCAAAGCCAGUCAUCAAUGGUUUAUAGAUACUAACGCUAUUAAAAACAGAGCUGUAGAGUUGUUAGAAAACGUAAAAUUUUUGCCUUCCGACAAAAGCGAACUAUACAAAACGAAUCUAGCGAAACAAAUUCAAAAACGUCCGUAUUGGUGCAUUUCGAGGCAAAGGAAAUGGGGGGUACCCAUACCGGUGUUGUACAACAGAACCACUUCGGAGACAGUAAUCACAGAAAAUACCAUAAAUCAUCAGAUGAAUCUAUUGGAUACCGUAGGAACGGAUUUUUGGUGGAAGUCUACUGCUCAGGAACUUUUACCGGCAAAUCAUACUUACUCUCCUUCUGAUAAUAUCGAAAAAUGCGAGGACAUCAUGGACAUUUGGUUGGACAGCGGCCUUUCGUGGGCGAAGGUCCUAGAAGGUACCAAAGUAGCCGAUAUGUAUUUAGAGGGGGUCGAUCAAUUGACAGGUUGGUUCCAAUCGUCUCUACUGACGUCCGUAGCUUUGAGGGAUAAAGCGCCUUUCAAAACGGUAUACAUACAUGGAUUUGCUGUCGACGAGAAUGGGAUAAAAAUGUCAAAAUCCAUCGGGAACGUCGUUGAUCCCAUUGAAAUUACCCAAGGGGUCGAUGGAAAGAAUGCUCUAGGCGUUGAUACUCUAAGAUGGUGGGUCACCUGUCACGCCAACCAAGACGCGCAGGCGUACGUAGGCAAAAGAGUACUGCAAGCCAGCCACGAUGAAGUACACAAAAUCCGGAGCAGUCUCCGAUUCGCCAUAGCUGGUUUGACCGAUUACGACAGAUCUGAAAUAGAAACUCGCAACAAAGAUAAAUUAUUGUUAAUCGACAGAUAUAUGAUGCAUUUGUUGUACCAAUUUCAAAAUAAGGCCAACGAACACAUGAGAGAAUUCCAAUUCCACAAAAUAUCGACGUCGCUGAACCACCUCUUGACCAAUUCCGUAUCGGCGCUGUAUUACAACGCCAUAAAAGACCGUCUGUACUGCGACCCGCUAGACAGUUCGGCUAGAAAAUCGGUACAAUUCACGCUCUAUCACGUUUUCGAAACGGUCACGCAGGCCGUGGCUCCGAUGUUGCCGCAUCUAGUCGAAGAAUUGUAUCUGUACUACCCGUUGAGGGAGAGCAAAACGUAUUUUACAACGGCGCAUCCGAAAUUGGAUGACGAAUGGGACGAUAAGGCAGUGGAAAGUUUGUUCGAGUUGCUGUUGAAGUGGAAAAGGGACGUUAACGUGGAGAUGGGGGCUAGUACCGGUGAUGGCGUUGUUAAUGUUGUCGUUUCACCGGAGAUUGGGCGUAAGAUUAAGAAUGUGAUUUCGUUAAAAGAUUUGGAAACCCAGAUAGUGGAUGUAUUUCAAGUUUCCCAAGUGAGUAUAAUCCAAGGGGAAAUGGACGGUGAAGAUUAUAAAAUUAAUAUUUCUAAAAGUUCGAAUCACUUGUGUCCGAGAUGCAGAAAAGUAAGUUCAGAUAGAGAUGACGCAUUGUGUAAGAGAUGCCACGAAGUUGUUGCGGAAUUAAGUAAUAAAACCGCGGUUGUUAAUUAA